UUAUAGGAGGGAGGGAGGCACUCUUUCUUACUCUUUCUUCUCAAUCUCAACUCUCAAGCCAAGUGAGCAGAGGCUACUGGGGGAGAAGCUUGGUCCUCCUUUCAGCCUUUCACUUUCACUAUUGAAAUUUUGGAAUUUGGCUCUCAACUCUCAAGUUUGGGAUGGGGCUUUGUGUUGUUGGACUGGACCUCCUCACUCCCUCUUCUUCACCACUCUUUUCGAGUCAUAAUCUCAGGAUUCCACCACUUUCACACUCUAACCUUAGACUUGCAGGCCAUCCAUUCAAUUUCAGGCUCAAGGCUAAGGCUAGAAUUGCAAGCUCAACCUUCACCACUUGCUCUGCAAAAGUCGUCAAUGUAGAUAAACCAGAGUCUAAAAUAGUGAAAGAGAACAGCGUAUCCGUGAUUCUUUUGGCAGGAGGAAAGGGUAAAAGGAUGGGUGCCAGCAUGCCAAAGCAAUAUCUUCCGCUUUUGAGCCAGCCAAUUGCAUUGUAUAGCUUCUACACUUUCUCUCAAAUGACUGAAGUGAAGGAAAUCAUUGUAGUUUGUGAUCCCUCCUACAAGGAUAUUUUUGAAGAGACCAAGCAUAAGAUCCAGAAAGAACUUAAAUUCACAUUACCCGGAAAGGAAAGACAAGAUUCUGUUUACAGCGGACUCCAGGCAAUUGAUUUGAGCUCUGAGCUUGUUUGCAUCCAUGAUUCUGCUAGACCUCUUGUAUCAUCUGGAGACGUAGAGAAGGUUCUUAAAGAUGGUUGGUUGAAUGGAGCAGCUGUACUUGGUGUUCCAGUAAAAGCUACAAUCAAAGAGGCAAACAGCGAGUCUUUUGUAGUCAAAACUCUGGACAGGAGAACACUUUGGGAAAUGCAGACACCCCAGGUCAUCAAACCUCAGUUGCUCAGAAAGGGUUUUGAGCUUGUAAAUAGAGAAGGCCUUGAAGUGACUGAUGACGUCUCUAUUGUCGAGCACCUUCCACAUCCUGUGUACAUCACUGAAGGAUCUUACACCAACAUCAAGGUCACAACCCCGGAUGAUUUAUUACUUGCAGAAAGAAUAUUAAGUAUGAGCUCUGGAAAGUCUUCUGAAUAAUCUACAUCUUCUGAUUCUGUCCCAGUGCUUGUAGUUUUACUGUUCUUCCAUUUUUGUCGAAACUCAUGCUGAAAAAGUACUUCACCCAAAUAGGAAAAAGAAAGAAACCUCAAUAAGUCUUCUGUAGCAAGCAAGAAAAAGGCUAAAUUCUAAAUUGAAUUUGCCUCUUUUUGUUGAUAGGAAUAGGAACUAUAUCUUAUUUGUAUCAUUGUACCAUUGAUUGUGCCCGAAUUAUCAAAAGAUAUUCCCUGUAUUUGUAUCAUUGUCUGUUGAUUCUUUGAUAACUGCAGUCUGCUGCCACAAUAUCAAGCAAAUGAGCUUCUCUC